GUCCCUUAACCGGAAGUGACGUAAACAGUAAUUGUUCAUCCCCGGUGACUGACAGAUCGCGACGAGUUGUACGACGCACACUUGAAAAGAUGUUUCGGUCAUCUCUCAGAGUAACAGCUGCUUUGAAGAACACGAAACUGCAGCCCCAGAUUCUCCAAAACUGGCAAGAAUGUUUGGCUGUUUCUCAGACCAGAAAUGUGAGUGAGGAAUCUAAGUCCUUUGGUUUGAAUCUGUUUAGAGGUCAAGGCAAAGCAGAGCAGGUUCUCCCUUUCCCACAAGUUCUAAAUGAAGAACAGAAGGAGAACCUGCAGAUGUUUGUUGAUCAAACAGCAAAAUUCUUCGAGGAAACAAAUGAUUCAUCAAAGAAUGAUCUUCUUGAAAAAGUUGAGGAGGGAACAAUGGAAGGACUUAAAGCCCUUGGUGCAUUUGGACUUCAGGUUCCAACUGAACUUGAUGGAGUUGGUUUAACAAACACACAGUAUGCGAGGCUUGUAGAGAUUGUAGGGGCUCAUGAUUUAGGUGUUGGAAUAGUACUUGGAGCACAUCAGUCUAUAGGGUUUAAGGGAAUUCUUUUGUUUGGUAAUCCAGAGCAAAAGAAAAAAUACUUGCCUAAACUUGCCGCAGGUGAGAAUAUUGCUGCCUUCUGUCUUACUGAACCUGCAAGUGGAUCAGAUGCUAGUUCAAUUAAAACAAGAGCAGUAUUAUCGGGUGAUGGUAAACAUUACAUUCUAAAUGGAAGCAAAAUUUGGAUCAGUAACGGAGGCUUGGCUGAGAUAUUUACUGUCUUUGCUCAGACACCAGUUAAAGAUGAAAAGACUGGUGAGACGAAGGACAAAGUGACAGCAUUUAUUGUGGAGAGAAGUUUUGGUGGUGUUACAAAUGGCCCUCCAGAGAAGAAGAUGGGUAUUAAAUGUUCAAACACUGCUGAGGUGUAUUUUGAAGAUGUAAAAAUACCAGUGGAAAAUGUACUUGGAGGGGAAGGUGGAGGAUUUAAGGUUGCUAUGAACAUCUUAAACAAUGGAAGAUUUGGUAUGGUAGCUGCUCUAUCUGGGACCAUGAAGUAUUGUAUACAGAAAGCCGUAGACCAUGCAUCAUCAAGGGUACAGUUUGGCAGCAAUAUCCACACCUUUGGAACUAUUCAGGAAAAAAUCUCACAGAUGGCAAUUAAACAUUAUGUUGCUGAGUCUAUGGCAUACAUGAUCUCUGCUAAUAUGGACCAAGGUUUUAAAGACUUUCAGAUUGAGGCUGCUAUUGGAAAGAUUUAUGCAUCUGAGGGUGCCUGGUUUUGUGCAGAUGAAGCUAUUCAGAUCCUUGGUGGAAUGGGAUACAUGAGGGACUGCGGAAUUGAGAGGGUAAUGAGAGAUUUGAGAAUUUUCCGUAUCUUUGAGGGAACCAAUGACAUUCUUCGUCUGUUUAUUGCACUCACUGGUAUGCAGUAUGCCGGUGCUCACUUAAAGGAGGUUCAAAAAGCCAUGAAAAACCCAAUGGCUAACAUCGGAACAGUGGCAAGCUUUGCUUCUAAAAUGGCAGUGAGGAAAAUGGGUGGAAGCACAGGAUCAGUGUCUUUACAUUCUGACCCAUCAGUUCACGCUGAUCUCGGCUCGUCUGCAAAACUGGCAUCAAAAGCCAUUGAAGAUUUUGGCGGCACUGUAGAUCAAUUAUUGAUAAAGUAUGGCAAGAAAAUAAUGAAUGAACAAAUGGUAUUGAAUAGAGUGGCUGAUGCAGCUAUAGAUAUUUACGGGAUGGUGUCAGUGUUGUCCCGUGCUUCAAGGUCACUCAACAAUAAAUACUCCAGUUCUGAAUCCGAGUCAGCAAUGUGCCAAGUUUUCUGUUCACAGGCUUCUGUCAGGGUUCAAGAUAAUUUAGCAUUGGCUGUGUCCGACAAAAACAAGAAAAUUUUCGAACAGAUGUCUAAGAUUUCCGAGGAUGUUAUUAAGAAAGGUGGCACAGUUCAGGAACAUCCACUUGGAUUUUAAUUAGAGGACAAUUGUGAACAAUUUUGUUUCAUACAAAAAGGACAAACAUUUUAGUGCAAAGUUACUGUGAUCUAGAUUUGACAACAUUUUGAUAUAUUUUGAGCAAUUCAUUUCUCUAUAAAUACUAGUGAUAUUUUCAGAAGUUUUUCUCUUGUUUCUUCUCUUCACAUUAAAUCUUUUUUUUUAUGAAAUUGUUAUGAAAUAUAGAUUAUAGUUUAUAUAUAAUUUAUAAAAAGAUUGUUUUAUUGGUACAAAAUAUAUGUUAUCAUUCCUCUUUUGUUUUGGAUUGCAAAUUUUUAAAAAUAGUUUUUGUGCAUUUAUGCUUAGUGUGACUUACUUGUGAAUUACUUAAAUACUUCUUACAUGAAAAAAAAAUAAAAAAAUAUGUAUGCUGUGACCUAUUAUUACAGUUGUUUGACGCUCAAUCCAUGUAAACAUAAAAACUCAAGUUACGAUGUAAACAUAACUCUCGACUCAACACCUGUUCAGGUUUAGCCUGGAAGCUGGCAAGUGUUUAGAUCAGGGAAAUUAAAAGAAAAACCAAAAAAGUUUCAGGUUGAUAAAACAAAGAGAAAUUAAAAAUAACCCUCUUAUUAUUAUUUUUCAAUUCUGAUAAAGUAGAAAAUAUUUGAUUAGAUGCAAAAAACAUUUCAUUAUUUUCAUCAACAUGUAGGUUGUAUGAUGCUAUUAUUUGUGUUACAAGCUUUAUGAAAUAUUUUUAAAUAGAUUUUGAGAACAUUUAUUACCUCAAAAAAGUAUUUGUUAUUUUUGUUUAUAAUGUUAUGUAUAUAUUAUUUUCUGAAUCAUUCAAAGUGUGGUGUGAAGACAUUAGAUGAUAAUUUAACAUAUACUGAUUGUAUGUAUAGUACACUUUCCGUAUUGUUAAUUUUGAACACUUUAUUAUUAUUUAAAGGAUGUUUUUGUUAAAAUAGUUCUUCAUUUUAUGAAAUACUUGAAAACUUAAGUUAACUGUUUAUGCUAGCUGAUAUGGAAAUUUAAACAAAUGGUGAUUGCAGUCCAUGAACAAAAAUUGUCUGAAAAAGUAGAAAAAAAAUGUUGAUUAUUUUGUGUGAUUGUUUGUUUCAUUUCUUUGUUUAUGUUGCACUUUCUUUGGCAAUGUAUUUGUCUCUCAAUUAUACCUAUUUCAUAAAUAUUUUGCCAUUUAAGAAAUCAUUUUAGACAUCAUUAUUCAACUACACCAAAAACUUAAAGGGAAUUAUUGGAAGGGUGGCAGUAUCAAUAUCAUUUUAUCACUUUGAGUGCUUGAUACUAUAUGGUGUUUUUUGCUAUAAUAACUUGUUGUGCUCAGAUGUGUUCAGGGAAUAUGUUAUUUGUUGCCUUAAUGCAAGAAUAGUAUAACUUAGUACAAUAGUCUUAACUUGAAAACAGAAGACAGUAAAACAAAUACAUGUAUAUCACAAUAUAUGUAUCCUUUACAUAAAACAAAGACCUGUGAAUAUGAACACUAUUUUGAAUGUUUGCUGUAAAUAUUCAUAAAAUAUGCAACUCAUGUAGAUUAAUCAUUAUAUAGACAAAGGUUUGGUGAUUCUAUAAUGUACUGUGUGUCUUCAAAUUGUGAUUGUGUAUGAAGCACACUAUUUUCAUUUUCUUUUUACAUGAAAACAGUUUAUAACCAGUCUUUUUGUAAAUGAAAAGAUUAAAAAAAAAAUAGAAAUGAAAAUAAAAAUUAUGAAAGAA